UGUGGCCCUGCAGUCUACCUGCUCCAUAGCUGCUGCAGAGGGGCUGGCACAGGGGCCCAGCAGGCUUGCCCUGGAGCCAUGGCAAAGAAUGGACUUGUAAUUUGCAUCCUGGUGAUUACCUUACUCCUGGACCAGACCACCAGCCUCCCGUCCAAAUUAAAAGCCAGGAAGCACAGCAAACGCCGAGUGAAAGAAAAGGAUGGCGACCUGAAGACUCAAGUUGAAAAGCUCUGGAGAGAAGUCAAUGCCCUGAAGGAAAUGCAAGCCCUGCAGACAGUCUGUCUCCGAGGAACAAAAGUUCACAAGAAAUGCUACCUUGCUUCAGAAGCCUUGAAGCAUUUCCACGAUGCCAACGAAGACUGCAUUUCCAAGGGAGGGACCCUGGUUAUCCCCAGGAACUCCGAUGAAAUCAACGCCCUCCGAGACUAUGGUAAAAGUAGCCUGCCAGGUGUCAAUGACUUUUGGCUGGGCAUCAAUGACAUGGUCACGGAAGGCAAGUUUGUUGAUGUCAAUGGAAUUGCUAUCUCCUUCCUCAACUGGGACCAUGCGCAGCCUAACGGUGGCAAGCGGGAAAACUGUGUCCUGUUCUCCCAAUCCGCUCAGGGCAAGUGGAGUGACGAGGCCUGCCGCAGCAGCAAAAGGUACAUAUGCGAGUUUACCAUCCCUUCGUAGACCCUGAAUGCGUCUUCCAAGCAAGAUCAGUCAUGAUGGAUAGGAUGAUGGUCCCCCAAAAUAAGUCAGAAUUGUAAUAAUUAAUUGCAAAAUUGC